UUUGACCAAAAAAUAUCUAUAUUACCAUAUGAUUUUUUUAGUUAGUACAUAUGUAUAUGUGGUUGAUGUAAAUGAUGUUUAAAAACGUUUUAAAAUGUGCAAAAAGUCGAAAAAAACAUGUAAAUUUGUGAUUACAUCUAAGUGAGACACGAAAUCAAAAGACCAGAAGUAUAUACAUAUACUAUAUAUAAAUACCAAAUAUACAUACAUAAAUGAAAAACAGAACGAUGGAAAUAGAGCAAUGGUAGCGAAAUGUCAAUAUCACUAUUGUUCAAAAACAAUAAUAAUAAUAAUAAUAAUCAAUUAAAACAGAAAUUUUCGUGAGUGAAAGAAUAUAACGGUGUGAAUGUCAUCAAAAUAAAUAUAUAAUUUGCACAUGAAGAGAAAAAAAACAUCAUCGGAAAUAUACGACAACGACUUGAAAAUUUAACGUGAAAGCGAAAACGAUCAUACGAAAACCAAAAAUCGGAUUAUGAAAUAUAGCCCAAAUGGAAUAGCAUACAACACGCUUAGUUUCUCAUAGUAAAAGUAAAGAAACCAGAAGGUGAAAGUGCAAUUUAGAUGGAACAAAAUAAGAGAAAUUUUGUUGUUGUUCUUGCUGUGAUUUCGUAUGAAUUAAGUAUAUGGACCUUUGUUCAUAUCUGGGUUUGUUUUUGCAGACUUGGACACAAGGGAAUUUAUUGAGCGAAAAAGAGAAAAAAAAAAUAAAAGUUGUGAAAUAUAUGUAACGCAAAAAAACAAGCCAUCCGCAACUGACAAAGCACACACAUCAAAAAGAUCUAAUCGAAAAGUUACGAGUUCCUCAGUAUACGCGGAGGCGGAAAGAAAAAGACACAAAGUACAAACAGUGAAGACGAAGAAAAUUACACACAUGAUGAAUAGAAUUUAGUAAAAAUAUAUUGGAGAACCAGAGAAAAAAGAAGAAGAAUCAAAAAAAGCAAGCCAAAUUACACACAUACAUUUUUGGUGCUGUUUAUUUAGCGUGUUGUCCAUUAUGUUGUUGAAUAUCGAGAAGCCGACAAACAACACAUGCAACCGUCGCAAAAUAUAAAUAAUGAUAUGAAAACGGAGCACAUUCAUAGGAACUAAUCCAAAUCACAACAAGAUCAGCAAUAUAUAAACGCAGAAUAUUCGAAGACCUGAAUAUUGUGGAAUAGUUUAUUGAAACAUUAGAAAAAACUGAAAACCAAACCAACUGUGUUAUGCCCAUCAUCUGAGUGAUUGGGCAGAUAAGACGCUUAAAACGGAAGUAUGGAGUUUUUAAGUACAUCAACUCAAGAUGUGGUUGAAUUAAAAGCCGGAACAUCCAUUGACUUAACACAAUCCCAACAAUUGACCAAAGAGUCAAAAUUGAUCGCCCAAAAUUUAAAUGAACAAAAGCCUGAGCAGCUUGUAACAUGUUUCGUUUGUGGUAGUGUUGGAAAAUUUCAUUUGUUUUCAAUUCGUAUACGUCAAAAUCCAGCUCGACCAUCAGAACCAUAUUUUCCAUUUUUAGCAAGCCAUCAUGAACCACCACAUGGUCUUCAGCCAGUAUCGGCCACGCAAUCGAAAAUACAAGCAUGCUCAAUGUGCCAAGAACUAUUGCAUGAGCAAUGGCUUUCAUUUGAACGUGAAAAUCGGCCACAUUUACAACGACUUUAUCAUUUGAAACGAGCUGAUGGAAAAAAGUACAUAGGCGCAGAUUUAAUGUUGCAAGGUGAUUAUGCUGCUCAAAUGCUCGGUUUAAAUGCGGAACAUAUGACGUCCAGUGAAAUAAUGCAUCACAUACAUCAACCCGCUCACAGUAAUUAUCAAAAAUCUAAUUCACGUGAUGCUUCACCAUCACUUCGACAAACACCAACCUCUUCAACGCCACCGACCUCAUCUUAUUCACCGUUUGCUCAACACAAAUUAAAACUAGGCGGAUCGCAUUACACCAAUAAUGCAAUUGUGGCACCAGUUUCUACAUUAAAAUCAAAUCAUUCGGUCUCAUCAAACCCAUCUCCUUCGCCUAUCUAUGAUAGCAACAAAUACAGUUCAGUUAACAAUAAAUCGCUUAAAUAUUCAACAUACGGACAUCGGGAUGCAGUGCAUACACCUCCGAUGUCACAUAGUAGUAUGAUUGGGUCUCAAAAAGCGGUUAUAAUCGAUGAUGAAUCAGCUUUAGAUCUAAGAAAUAUAUCAAUAAAAACAUCUGCAUCAUUAUCAUCAACGAAUACAGUACAACUUUCAAAAUUGGACUCAAUGCCAAAUUCUACGGCCAAAAUGCUUAAUACGAUUGAUGUUGGAAUUUUGGAUCUUUCAAUGCCAGACAAAAAUUCAAUAAAUGAAGUUUGCUAUGUGUGUGGCGAUGAAUACAAACGAGGCAGCUUACUUGAGAUUAGUACCGUGGAACCUAAAGAUGCUCGAGCUAGAGAUAAACCAUAUUUUCCUAUAUUCAACGAAUCCCAUCCCCGUCCGGCACGGUCUCGACCCAAGGAUCCACGUGGCAUGAUUCAGGCAUGCACACAUUGCUAUGAACAUUUAAUGAAGCAAUGGAACCAAUUUUGCCUGGCUGAUGUACCAGAUUCUAAACGACGAUAUAAAUUACGUCCAAUACUAUCCACCGGAAGAGCAACAUUUGUUUGUUAUACUUGCGGUAUAGAAACCCUUUCAUCGAAUUUAGUUCUCGUCUACUGUUGUCAAAAUGCUGAGAACGAACCUUUUUUUCCAUUUAUUAAAUCAAUGAAACCAUAUCCGAACGCUAGUCCAAUCAGCCCACAGGGAAUGGUGCAAAUAUGUUUUGAGUGCAAUGCAAAACAUGGUAGUUCUGCUGAAACAAUGACAGACAAACAUUCUGAUUCCGGAAGGAGCAUAACUUUUGGCAAUGGUGGGCGUCUUUCACCAUCAGACAGUAAAUCUCAAGCCAACUCUGAUUCUAGUUAUGUUCGCUUUAAGCCAUACGAAUCGAUGACGACACAUUCAAUAUCUAGUAGAGAUCGUGAUUUAAUAAAUUCAAGAAAAGAUUCUAGACCGAAUACACCAUUGACUCAACCAAUAGGGGAAAAUGGUCAUGGAACCUACCCUUGUUACAUAUGCAAAGGGCAAUUUUCAUUUGGCCAAUUGGAGUGGUUAUCAACAAGUGCAGAACACAUGAAUUCGCAUGCAAUGCAUUUUCCAUGCUUACGUGGAAGCGAUAAUAAUGCAUCACGGGUAUUGGCAUGUGUUAGAUGUGUAAAUCAUUUGGCAAAGCAAUGGGACCAACUUGAUGCAGAACGAGUUCCCUUGGAACAUAGAAGAUACAAUAUUCCAUCACCUGUAUUAGCUUUUAAUAGUAAUUCUCCUAACGGAUCGCGUGGAUUUGGCGGUACACCUCCAUCAACGCCAUCAGUUUCAUCAACACCAGCCAGUACAUCCAUUUAUUGUUUUCUUUGCGGUUUACAUUCGGAUCUGACGCUGGCACGUCUUGUACAUGCUAGCAAAGAAGGUUCUCGACCAUAUUUUCCGCAUUUGUUAAAGCAUAAAUCACCACCAAACGCUGAACAGCUACGUUCAGAUUUAUCAGCAUUAGUUUGUACAUUUUGCUACCAUUCGUUACUCAGCCAAUGGAGAAAACAUGAGGCCACAAACACCUUAAGCCCAAGUGAGCGAAUUUACAAUACACAUGAUUAUUGCUGUCACUUGUGUGGUGUUGUAACUUAUAGAAAACGGGUUCGAGCGUUACCAAUUCGAGAAUUCCCAUCGAUUGCUGACCGUAAGAAUGAUGAUGCGCUUCUACUGGAAAAUGGUGAAUAUUCGGUUGUGUGCCUAGACUGUUAUGAGAAUUUGAGAAAUUUUAAUUGCAGACAACAAGCUGCUCAAUAUGAUCGGGUGGGUGUUCCGAUCGAAAAACGUGGGUACAAUUGGGUUCCAUUGCCACCACCCCCCGAGGAUAGUCCAGAAGUUACCGUAGCUAGACUGCCAAGUGGUGAACGUUCUGAUAAGCUGAUAAAUUCGAAUAUGAGGCAAAUUAUGAAUAAAAAAAAUAGUUCACCAAAACAAAUUAACGACAAAAGAGAUACAGGUACGGUGCGAUCGGCGCAAAAACGACCAGCAACAAGUCCAGCAGCUCUUGUGCAAGGGCAAUCUAUUUCCACUGGGCAUCAUUCGAAUAUGCCUAUAACAAAUAAUGGUGGAAGGGGACCGUUUGCUUCAGCACUUAGGAGCUUAGCUAAACAGGCUGAUAUCAAAGAUGAUGAACAAGUUGAUCAAAGAGCAGCUAGUGCUGGCACAACCGGAAGUAACAGUAAUAUACAUCAACGAAAUACCAUCAAUGCUGAAAAUCGAAGUACUGAUCCUGUACAAAUAUCCGAUGAUCAGCAUAGAAAAAAAGCAUGCUCAUCUCCACCAGAAAAGCUAGCUCGAGUUGGUAUUAACGUAAGAGCACCAGAAUCUUUGGCACGAAGUGGUUUCCAACCAUAUCGACCAGACGAACGUUCAGCUGUUGCAGGUGUUUAUUCUCCAUUAGACGUUUUUCCGCCAUUUAACACAAUGCCUUUACCAGCAGGCGGACUGUUUAAUCCAGCAGCAUUUUCAUAUUCAGAGUUUAUGGAUCCACGUUUUCAAAAUUCAUUCCGAUCUGCCGUUGGCCAUCAUCCACAUGCGAAUCCCAUGUAUCCACAUUUUCCAUCACAUUACGCUCAGCUUUACAAUACAUUGUUACCAAAUACAUCGUUACCAAUGAUUCCUGGAAUGAUGAAAAUGGUGGAAGACGAACAAAGACUGCGUUUAUUGCGUGAAGAAGAACUUAGGCAACAGGAAAGACAGAAAGAGGCACAACGUCAAAAGGAAGCACAACGCGAAAAAGAACGUAAGGAAAGAGAGCAACGAGAACGCGAACAACGUGAACGGGAAAGAGAGAAGCGUGAGAAGGAACAAAAAGAAAAAGAAAAACGUGAACUUUUAGAAAAAGAGGAAAGAGAACGACAAUUUGCUCAAAUGUAUGCAGCCGAAGUCCAACGAAAUUUAUUUUUAACGGGAAUGCCUCAUCCACAAUUCACUGGCACUUCAUCACAACGCCAAGCGCAAAAUAUUGGUUUAGGAUUGGGAUUUUCGCAAGCAGUACACUUGCCUCCACAUAUACCACAUGCGUUUGGACAAUUUAGUGCGAUAGCUGGCUUCCCUUCUCUCAGUCAUACAUCACCAAUUUCGGGCUCUUACAAUUUACAGCAUAUUUCUUCACCAAACACUUCAGCAAAUUCAUUGAAUUUUUCCUACAAUCGAAACAAUACGGCUCCAUCGCCAAUAUCCGAUGGUACAUCGAAAUCGCGGUCUACAGCCCCAUCGCCAGCUCAUAGUUCAUCGAACAUUCCUACUCUUUCCUAUGUUCCAUCUCACAAGUAUCAGGACCCAAAAAAACAUAUCGCAUCUGCAUCCAUCGCUCCAACAUACGAAGCGUAUAAUAUUAGUAGCGAAAAAAAUACAAAUAAAUCAAGUAACCGCAACAGUUCAAAUCAUAGUAAUAGUAAUAAUAGUGAAUCAUUCAAACCCGUACCGACAUCGGUCGAUCAAACAAUUGCCAUGCGCGAUAGAACAUCAAAAUUAUCUACAUCGCAAAUCGAUGUAACGACCGACUGUAAAUAUAGCAUUUCAUUAGAAAAAGUAAAACAUAACUUAGUUACCAAUAACGAAAGAAACAAAACUCGCAACAAACCCAUGGAAUUAAGCAUUUCAUGCGAUGCACCACAAGCCAAAUUAAAUUUUGAACAAAUUUCACCGAGAAAACUUCAUUUAAGUGAUAAUAAUUUGAAAUCGAUGCAUCUUGUCAAUGACGAAUUAAACAAUGGUUGCCAGCGUUCUAAUGAAGCUAAAGAUCUUUCUGGGCGAAAUUCCUCUUACGAUUCACAUCAGCCAGUCAGCGACAUAUCGUUAUGUGUUAUGGAAAAAACUGAUGAAUGUGAAGCCGAUGUAAAUCCUGCAAAAAUGCAUACUGUAAAUCUACAAGUUGCUCGGAGUCCAGAAAACAUAGCGUUAAGUGAACAACCAAUUGUGACCAAUACCAACAGUACGAGUUUGGAACAUGAAUCUACCAUUAGUAAUAGUGAUAAACCACAAAUAGCCAACAACAAUAAAAAUAGCAAAUUAAGUAAAAUGGAAAAUGUUGAUAUGUUGACAAUGAAUGCUAAUGUUUGGACCGAUAAUUACACAAAAAAUCAAUCGACUGAUAUUGAUGCUGCACAAUCGACUAAUACAACCAAAUUGCAGACUACUCAACAAAAUUUGAAAAUAAUUGACGAACCGAAUUGUGAAAGGCCAAAAAUAUCUCCACCUGAUGAAAUGGAAAAGUCCAAUGAUUCUAAGAACACGAAGAAAUCAGAUGUGGUCAAAGAAGAAGAUGGUAUUGCAGUUGCGGAACAUUCACAACCGAAAAAAUCAUAGCCAAUUAAUUUAAUUCCCACAAAUGAUAAUUCUUUCAAACAUCAUAGCCUCUCAACGCACCAUCACUACACAUAAGUAAAAAAAACUAAUUCUGUAAAAAUUUACCUAUGAGAACUCCCAAUGAUUGUAAGAAUUGAAAACAUGUAAAAGUAUACAAACCACUUUUGGAUUUGUUUCAAAAACUGGAUGGGAGUCAUUAAAUGGCCCGGUCGCCGAAGAAAAUUUGAGUGCUAGUUUUCGUGGUCAGUUUUUGCUGGCGAAAAUUAUUACUUUUUUCUAUAAUUAUAUAGAAUUAAUCAAUAUUAAUGUUAUAAA